AGACCUCUUAAGUUAACAUGAACUGUAUGGUGUGAAAUGAUUAAGGCUUGCAAUAAGUUAAUAACAAGAGAAAACAACUAAACUAAACAUGAAACUACGUGUGAGGAUAAACAAGCAGACCAGCCGGUUGAAGCUGGAGGGAGAGGAGCCCACUCUGACAGAGCUCAACGUUCAAAUCAGAGAGAUCCUUCUGCCUUCACAUGGCCUCAGCCCAGACACAGAGUUCACCUUGUCCCUGAACGGCGCAGAUCUUCUAUCUGACUCUGGUCAGACUUUGUCCUCCUGUGGCAUCGUCACUGGGGACCUGGUCUGUGUCAUCUUGCCUCCAUCUGUGGCUGUGCCCUCCGCUGCCUCUGCCCCCUUCGCUGCCCCUGUUCCCUCAGCUCGCCAGGCUGUGCCCUCCGCAGCCCCUGCCCCCUCCGCUCGCCAGGCUGUGCCCUCAGGCUCCCCUGCUUCCUCUGCUGCCUUUGCCUCUUCAGCCCACCAGUCACCCAGCAACAACAGCAGCAUCAGUAGUAGUAGUCCUGGGCUGUACCAAGCUGUACACCCACCAGCCCAACGCUCCAGUGAGGCCAGCACCAGCAAGGGGGCGGAGCCUCAACAGGAAGUGGUCAGAGAGGAGGAGGAGCAGGAAGAAGAGGCAGGUCAGUGGGUGUGGGAGCCCAUGCUGUGUGGGGAGGCAGAAGGAGGGAAGGUACCCCAUUCCCUGGAGGUUCUGUAUCACCAGGCUCAGAGCAGCAGUACCUGUGAUGCCCUGAUGGUGGCAGUCCACCUCCUGAUGGUGGAGACUGGCUUCCUGUGUCAGGGCUCGGAGGUGCGUCCUGGUGAGAUGCCAGCUGGGUGGAGAGCACCAGGAGGGCUGUACAGACUGCAGUAUGCCCAUCCUCUCUGUGACGACAGCCUGGCCUUGGUCCUAGCUGUCCCCAUGGGACCCGUUCUGGUUAUCAACGCCACCCUGAAGAUGAACCAGCAGGUGGACACAGUGAAGAAACUGUCGCUGAAACCCUCCACAUAUGUGACUGACCAGUGGACAGGUGACAGUGCAGCGGCCGUCUACACAGAGCUGAGGAAGUUGUCCCGGGUCUUCAAAGACCAGCUGGUGUAUCCUCUGAUCGCUUCAGCCAGAGAAGACGGCCAAGACCACAGCAGAGACACUCAGUGGAGAGAGGUGAGUCAGGUCCCAGUAUUCUACAUAUUGACUGUUGCAGACAGCCAAGACCACAGCAGAGACACUCAGUGGAGAGAGGUGAGUCAGGUCCCAGUAUUCUACAUAUUGACUGUUGCAGACAGCCAAGACCACAGCAGAGACACUCAGUGGAGAGAGGUGAGUCAGGUCCCAGUAUUCUACAUAUUGACUGUUGCAGACAGCCAAGACCACAGCAGAGACACUCAGUGGAGAGAGGUGAGUCAGGUCCCAGUAUUCUACAUAUUGACUGUUGCAGACAGCCAAGACCACAGCAGAGACACUCAGUGGAGAGAGGUGAGUCAGGUCCCAGUAUUCUACAUAUUGACUGUUGCAGACAGCCAAGACCACAGCAGAGACACUCAGUGGAGAGAGGUGAGUCAGGUCCCAGUAUUCUACAUAUUGACUGUUGCAGACAGCCAAGACCACAGCAGAGACACUCAGUGGAGAGAGGUGAGUCAGGUCCCAGUAUUCUACAUAUUGACUGUUGCAGACGGCCAAGACCACAGCAGAGACACUCAGUGGAGAGAGGUGAGUCAGGUCCCAGUAUUCUACAUAUUGACUGUUGCAGACGGCCAAGACCACAGCAGAGACACUCAGUGGAGAGAGGUGAGUCAGGUCCCAGUAUUCUACAUAUUGACUGUUGCAGACGGCCAAGACCACAGCAGAGACACUCAGUGGAGAGAGGUGAGUCAGGUCCCAGUAUUCUACAUAUUGACUGUUGCAGACAGCCAAGACCACAGCAGAGACACUCAGUGGAGAGAGGUGAGUCAGGUCCCAGUAUUCUACAUAUUGACUGUUGCAGACAGCCAAGACCACAGCAGAGACACUCAGUGGAGAGAGGUGAGUCAGGUCCCAGUAUUCUACAUAUUGACUGUUGCAGACAGCCAAGACCACAGCAGAGACACUCAGUGGAGAGAGGUGAGUCAGGUCCCAGUAUUCUACAUAUUGACUGUUGCAGACGGCCAAGACCACAGCAGAGACACUCAGUGGAGAGAGGUGAGUCAGGUCCCAGUAUUCUACAUAUUGACUGUUGCAGACGGCCAAGACCACAGCAGAGACACUCAGUGGAGAGAGGUGAGUCAGGUCCCAGUAUUCUACAUAUUGACUGUUGCAGACAGCCAAGACCACAGCAGAGACACUCAGUGGAGAGAGGUGAGUCAGGUCCCAGUAUUCUACAUAUUGACUGUUGCAGACAGCCAAGACCACAGCAGAGACACUCAGUGGAGAGAGGUGAGUCAGGUCCCAGUAUUCUACAUAUUGACUGUUGCAGACAGCCAAGACCACAGCAGAGACACUCAGUGGAGAGAGGUGAGUCAGGUCCCAGUAUUCUACAUAUUGACUGUUGCAGACGGCCAAGACCACAGCAGAGACACUCAGUGGAGAGAGCUCUACAAGAAGAAGUACAAGUGGAGGAGAGAAGCAGCCAGUUACCGGCACCACAUGCCCCGUUACCACCCUGUCCCCCCACCGCUCUACCCCCUCCACCCCCUCCCCAAACCCCUUCUCCUUCUACCCCCUGGCAUCAUCGGUGGGGAGUACGACCAGAGACCUGGCAUCCCCGGUGGUAUUCUGCCCCGCCCCCGCUACGACCCUAUUGGUCCGCUCCCAGGUCACGAUCCCACAGCGGGAGGGCUGAUAGGACGAAGGGGGCUGAGACCUGCUGGGAACCGGCCGGCUGACAUCAGAAGAGGGUUCAUAUGACCUCCCUGACCAGUGACCUCUAGUGGUGGUGUAGGAGUAUGACCACCACACAGAGAAGCUUAAAUUAAACAGAGAUGUUAAAGACUGACUGAUUAGCCUACCUUAAAUAAGCCACCUGAGUGCUAUAGUCACAGAUAAAUGGCGUCGUUCGGUCUAUAAACACUCACCCUCAUCCAGCCUGCUUAUUAUCCCCUAAACCUCAUCCAGGUGUUUUUUAUAACCCCCUAUCCUUGACCCAGAAUCAGCUUUUAAGUGACCUCUAGUGGUGGUGUAGGAGUAUGACCACCACACAGAGAAGCUUAAAUAAAACAGAGAUGUUGAAGACUGACUGAUUAGCCUACCUUUUAAUAGCUCAUGUUCUCCUGUGUGUGUUUAUGAGGUCAGAUCAUGCCGAUCUGCUAUCUUCAUUUGAUCUCUCUGUUUUUUGCAGAGAAUGUUGCUGCACAGCAGGAAAUGCAAACUUCUAAUAAAAGUUUUCCCGUUGAGAAACCGGUCAAAUUUAAUAUAGUAGAUCUAUAAGGGGUGCCUGGGGGGUUGAGGUGGCUAUUUCGAUCUUCCACCAUUCACUAUGAAGACAUUUUGUACUUGUUUCCCCGCAGACUAAAAGCUUUAAAUAAAAUGAGAAAAUGGCAAUCGA